AUGAAACUCUCCGACGAUGCCGCACCAGGCAGCAUCGCGAGCGUCCGCGCGUCGACGCGUGCGUCGCGCAAGCGGUCGAGAGACGUCGUAAUUGAGUCGGCGCAAUUGUUCGUAAAAUCGUCGCGUCGCCGUGCGGCGGUUUCGGACGACGAGGACGAAUCAGACGUCGUCGCGACGGUUCGAGCCGCGGACGGCGGCGACGACGCGACGCCCCCGGCGAGGCGGGAGACUCCUGUCGAAUCUUCCUUGGUGUGCGCGCCGCGCACGCGACGUGAAACCAAAGACCACGCUUUUCGCAAAGCUAACGAGGCGCAGAGCGCGUUGCUCGGAACGCUCUGCGAGGAUGCAUUGUGGAAAGUGUGCGAGUUCCUGCCGGCGAAGGACUUGGCGUCGUUGGAGUGCGCGAGCUCGUAUUUCCAUCGCCCUAUGCGACGCGCCGAUCGAGGACUAGGGAUCGCCGAGCGCGUCGCUAGAGUACGUAUCAGAGGCGCGCAGAUGGCCGACAUGCCGCCAUUUUACAGGUAA